CCAAAGCAAUCCUGCUGUUACAGUUAUCCCGCGAUUUGCGUCGAUCGUGCUCAAAAGUUUUAUUUCCGUAAUAAAAAGCUUACAGUUAUCGCACGAUCGCCGCUGUGCACCUAUCCCACUCUCCGCCUUGCACCUUCCCACGCUUCCCACGUUCUACGCUUCACACUUUUACUACGCAGCAAGCAUGUCGACGAUGGAAAAUGAUAGCAUGGAAUUUUUAGCGGAGACGGGUCUUCUUUCUCGGUUCGUGGACAUUUUGAAGCAGUUAAUGAAUAUCGAGCCGCAGCCAGUGGACCCUCUGAUGUACGUUCUCCAUCAGCUGGACUGCCCCCUAAUUCCGCAGGCCCAAAUGAAGGCGCUGGAGCGGAAGGUGACGCGUGCCCACGAUGAGUUGCGCUAUUUGCGCGACCUUCUGAUCAGUAUGGGCGCCGACGAUGAUCUCUAUGACAGCGAGACGGACGAAGAGGAGUAUGUGGGCUGCGUGGAGGGUCAGAUAUGUGACCCAAGAGUCUUGGAAGAGUACGGCUAUGGCUAUGUGGAGGAGGACACUGGGGAUGAUGGCGAUGAAACUCCAGAUGACACCGAGAACGAAGAAAACUCGUUCGAAUCGCAGCAGCAGCAUCAGUACAUGGUUCAGGCCGCUAUGGCAAUGGCUCCUGUCGAUCAGGAAGAACCGGCUGGGUCGUACGAGCAGCCCUGCUCCAGUCGUCCCAUUUGCAACGACUCACAGUAGUUGUAGUUCAACAAAUAAUUACAUACAUACAUAUGUACACGUACAUAUCUGUUUCAACGCACGUGGUGUGUUCCAUUUCGUAUUUUUUUCAAUCGUGUUUAAUGAAUGCAUUUUGUGACCUUUUUAUGGAUUAUCAAUAAACCCAAUGCAUGGACGUUGCAUCCA